AUCCAUCCUUUUAGCGUGGCAUGCUGUUUCGUUUGUUCGAACUGUGAGCCUAGGUUCGCGAAUUCCUGGCACUCUGGCAGUACCACUGCAGCAGAUUUUUCACUCUGUUACAGUAACCAUGUCUCGAAGUUCCAUGGGGUCCCCCGACCGAGGUAACCGUGGCGAAGCCACUAAGCUUGCCGAGUGCAUGAAACAGGUGUUGGCCUGUGGCGACAUGAGCGAUGUGCAGUUCGCCGUGGGACGUGAUUAUGGCGCAGUGCGGAUCUUUCCAGCUCACAGAGUCAUCAUGGGUGCCCGUAGCGAUGUGUUUCACAAGAUGUUCUUUGGAAGUAUACCGGAGAACUGUGCAGCUCCCGUGGAUAUACCGGAUAUUCUUCCCGACGCCUUCUCUAAUAUGCUCAGCUACAUCUACACGGAUACCGUGAAGACUCUCAGCAAGGACAACGUAUUCCAAACACUCGUUUGUGCUGACAAGUAUGACAUACCAUCGCUGAUGGAAAAGUGCACCCGCUUCAUCAUGGAUAAUCUCGACACGGAUAACUGUCUGGAACAUCUGGAGAAGAUCAUUCGUCAUAAAUGUACAGCACCCCGUGUCACGAAGAAGUGUCUACGUCUGAUCGAUGAAUCGGCGGAAGGUAUCUGGCUGUCGGAUCACUUCUUGGCCCUCGGACAAGAGACGCUACAGAGUAUUCUGCAGCGAGACACGCUCGCUGCGGAUGAAGACACUAUCUAUUGGGCGGUCGAAAAAUGGGCUAGUAGUGCCUGCAAGCAGCGGAAUAUGGAGGCUUCUGCCGUCAAUCGGCGUGAAAUACUGGGUCCGGCGUUGCAUCUUAUCCGCUUCCCGCUCUUAACGGAGGCACAGCUGAUGGAUGGCCCUGCUGAGACUGGUUUGUUGCUGCAUUCGGAGCUACUGGAUAUCGUCCGUUUCAAGCACGCCGCAGUCAAACCGGAAUUGCCGUUCUGCACGGUGCCCCGACAAAAUGACCUGCGAACUGAGGGUAUCAUUAAUUUCACGGUUCCGGAUAUUAGGAAGCUGGAUGAGACUCACACGCUGAGCGAUCCCAUAACAGUCCGGAAGCUGCCUUGGCGGAUUUUGGUUAAGAAGCACAUCAAGGAAGGAUCCCCGUAUUUGGGCUAUUUUGUAUGGUGCGGAGGUAGCCCAAAGUCGGCCUCCUGGAAGUGCCAAGCCGAUGCGGAACUCCGUUUGCUACCAUGGAAAGAGGGAGUGGCAACGGUUAAGAACUCUUUAUCCCAUGCGUUUUGCCAGAAAGUGAUUGACUUUGGAUACCCGGACUUUAUCUCGUUCCAGUAUUUACUGGACUCGGAGAAGGGAUAUGUCAGUCCGGGACAGUUCGCGUUAAAGCUCCAGGUGAAGAUUACUGCUCACGGUCCUGCUGGCGUUGAGUGA